CAUGUCUAACGAAGACCCCAUUCCCACUGCACCCGUUCCUGCCACCCCAAAAAACCAUACUAGCCCACCGAUGGCGUUCACAGCCCGCUCGACCGAAAGCCCCAGCCCAAGGAGGGAGAACAGGCGGUCGUUCUCUCAACAGGUGUCCGCUCUCGCAGCAAGACUAGGACGUGUCGUCACUGCAGAAGGCGACAACGAUGGCCGUGAUAGAUUCGAUGUGGAUUCGAUUCGAAGCAGCGCGACAUUGGUAAAAGAUGGAUUCAUGACGGACUCUCCCAACACUGUCGAUAGUCGAUCUCUUUCUCGUGGAAGGGAUGCCUUCCAAUCUUCUGGGAGAGGCGGAGCAGGCAACAUCAGACGUUCCUCUCAAUCUCGUGAACCCCGUCCAUUUGAUGGCCCAGAAGACUUUUCUCACACCCGUGGUCGUGAGCCUGCUGUGCAUCCUGAUCGGGUUUACUCCGUCGGGAGAGGUGGCGCUGGGAAUAUGCGUUCGCCGUCCCGCGACCCUGGCGCGGUGAGACCUGUCCACGAAGACGUCAUCGCGGAAUCUCCAUAUGAACAGCGUAUCUUGAGGGAGCACGCAGCUGCUGAGGUCGUACACUCUUCGGGUCGUGGUGGUGCAGGCAACAUUACUCGAUCCCGUUCGAGGUCCCGUGGUCCUGGGCUUGUGCUUCACUCCACCGGCCGAGGUGGUGCUGGAAACAUGUUGACCGGUGAUGGACGGAGCAGUGAGGCCCUCGACCAAGAGGAAAGGAAGAAGCAUCAUCACCCAGAGGGAAUACACUCCACUGGCCGAGGUGGCGUCGCAAACAUGACAGGUGCACAUGAUCCAGAAGUCGAGUCCACACAUCAUCAUGCUCAUCCCGGCGAGUAUCUGUCUUCGGGACGCGGCGGCGCUGGGAACAUUCGGACCCCGUCGCAGUCCCGUCCUUCCGCCGAUGGAGGACAGAGGGGUGGUGGUGCCAUCUCAGGCUUGUCGAACAAGUAGGGUGCCUGAGUGUGCAUGUGGAAUAUGACAAGUGAACGCGUUCGGUACACACACGGGACUCGACGACUACGUAUCUUGAAAUAUUCUAUUUGUUUUAUUGUUUUACCUUUACAACCCAUCUCAGUUGCUAUACGGUUAUCGUUGUGUACCUUACUUCAAUACUUCCUGUGGACGAUGAUGUUACUACUAGUACAUGCUUACCAUUUUCUUGGCAUCAUCAAUAUGUGACUUCGACUAUCAGUAUUUAUGACUUCCUGACAGAAUCAUCAUCGCGAUUGAGAGGGGUCCCGAAAGGGGACGCGAAACAGCCCCUUAAUCUCAACUAAAUUUACAUUUGGAGCUGCC